CAUCCCCUUGAAACGACUGCAACAGCAUCGCCUCACUGUCUCGACACUGUGCUGGCAGACUCUGAGUGACGAGUAAAGCACCGCCCAGCCCUCGCCUCACCCUCACUCCGGCACAUCGGACAACAACACAAAUGCUGAGCGCGACCUGGCGGGUCGCGGCUCGGCCAGCCCUCGGGGCCGCCGUGAACGCGCGCGCUGGCCCCCCACGCGCUGCCUACGGGGUCCGCUCGCUCACAACCCGCCCGCGAUGGCCAUUACAACGGGUACCUCCGACAUCACCUUUCCCCGCGCCCACGCGACCACUAGCCGUGUCGCCGAAGCACGCCAUCGCCACCCGUGCGUUCGUGUCGUCGGCGCGGAGGGCUAGCCCUCCGGCGGACAAGGCGCCAGUCGUGGACUCCAAAGCCCCGACAGCUGCAGCUGCUGCUGGGAGUGGCGGCGCCGCUACACCCGCCAAGAGCGCGACCCUCAAUGUCGACGUCGCGACGCCUACCGUGUCCGAGAAGGCGCAGAGCAAGACAGACUGGACGAUCCUGAAAAAGCUUGCGAGCAAUGUCUGGCCCAAGGGCAACACGGGUGUCAAGAUCCGCGUGGUUACGGCCCUGUUGCUGCUCGUGGCCGGCAAGGUCCUCAAUGUGCAGGUGCCGUUCUUCUUCAAGGCCAUUGUCGACGGGCUGAAUGUGCCGAUCACGGAGCACACGACGGUGUGGGUGCUGGCUGGAACGGCGAUCGCCGGCUACGGACUUGCGCGUAUCGGAGCAACAGCCUUCGGCGAACUCCGCAACGCCAUCUUCGCAACAGUGGCACAAGGCACGAUCCGCAAGGUCGCCCGCGAGACGUUUGGCCACCUCCUCAACAUGGACAUGAAGUUCCAUCUCGAGCGUCAGACGGGCGGUCUGACGCGUGCGAUUGACCGCGGUACCAAGGGCAUCUCGUUCAUCCUCUCGUCGAUCGUGUUCCACGUCUUCCCGACCGUGCUGGAGAUCUCGAUGGUGUGCGGUAUUCUGUCGUACAAGUUUGGAUGGGACUUUGCCGGCGUCGCUGCUGCCACUAUGAUUCUCUACACCUGGUUCACGGUUCAGACGACUGCCUGGAGGACAAAGUUCCGCAAGCAGGCCAACGCGGCCGACAACAAGGGCGCAACGGUCGCUGUCGACUCGCUGAUCAACUAUGAGGCUGUCAAGACCUUCAACAACGAAAAGUAUGAGCUCAAGCAGUACGAUGCCACACUCAAGACGUACGAAAGCGCUUCAAUCAAGAUCGCCACGUCGCUCGCAUUCCUCAACUCGGGCCAAAACAUGAUCUUCUCUACGGCCCUUACCACCAUGAUGCUACUUGGUGCCCAGGGAAUCAUCAACGGCACCAUGACUGUGGGCGACCUCGUCCUCAUCAACCAGCUCGUGUUCCAGCUGUCGCUCCCUCUCAACUUCCUCGGAUCGGUGUAUCGCGAGCUGCGCCAGAGCCUGAUCGACCUCGAGGUCAUGUUCAACCUCCAGUCAAUCAACCCUGUCAUUGCUGAGAAGCCUGCCGCCAAGCCGCUGCAGCUCAAGGGCGGCGAGAUCAAGUUUGACAAUGUCAACUUUGCGUAUCACCCCGACCGGCCGAUUCUGCAGAACCUGAGCCUGACCAUCCCCGCGGGGAAGAAGGUCGCGCUCGUCGGCCCCUCGGGCUGCGGCAAGUCGACCGUCUUCAGGCUCCUGUUCCGCUUCUACGACUCUCAGAGCGGCCACAUCUACGUUGACGGCCAGGACAUCAAGGACGUGCAGCUCGAGUCGCUGCGCAAGGCCAUCGGUGUUGUGCCUCAGGACACGCCGCUGUUCCACGCCGACAUCAUGCACAACAUUCGCUACGGCAACCUCGAGGCCACCGAUGACCAGGUGUACGAGGUGGCGCGCAAGGCGCAGCUGGACAAGACGAUCGCCAAGCUCCCAGACGGAUACCACACCAAGGUCGGUGAGCGUGGCCUGAUGAUCUCUGGUGGCGAGAAGCAGCGUAUCGCUGUUGCUCGUCUGCUGCUCAAGGACCCUCCCAUCAACUUCUUUGACGAGGCGACGUCUGCACUCGACGUGUACACCGAGACGGAGCUCAUGAGAAAUAUCAACGCGACGCUGGUGGACGGUACCAAGACUAGCGUGUUCAUCGCGCAUCGCCUGCGCACCAUCUCGGACGCCGACCUCAUUAUUGUGCUCCAGGACGGCCGCCUCGCCGAGCAGGGCACGCACGACGAGCUCCUCCAGAACGUCGGCGGCGUGUACUGGAACCUGUGGCAGGCGCAGCUCACCGAGACGGUCAAGGAGGCUGUCGACGAGCGAAUGGAGCGCGAGAUUGACGACUUUGAGGGCAAGGGCGAGGCGGCCGGCAAGAAGAAGUAACGCAGUGAUGAGCAGUAUAUUGGGCAUUAUGCAUAGAGCAUUGGUUGGCA